UUGAAGCACCUUCACCACGCAUACCACAUUGACCGCCUAACGGCCCGGUUCGACAUCCUGCGGGAACAGCUGGAGUCUCUCGUCGCCGAUGGAGUAUCCCCCGGGCGGCCCAAACCGACCGAGGCGAAUGUUGUUCCCCCAAAAGCCCAAACAUCUUUGACCCGCUGGAAGAUGAACGGCCCUUCCCGACCGGCUGUCAUCGUGGACUCGUGGACGGGACUUUCGACGAUGAAAUCCCCGGUCAGGAUCGGUGCCACUUCCCAGGUGGAUCGUGUGCCUCUUCGGCGAAUGUUUGUGGCGAAAGGCACGUACCUAACGCUCUGGCACGCCUCAAAGGACCUGAACGGGGGCUGCGUCUACUCGCAGCUGGCCAAUCUGCUCCAGAACUUUAUCCAGUGCACGUGCGACCUGUACUCGCUGUACGCGCUGCUUUAUCUCAAUCAGCUCGACGAUAUUUUCGCAUACAUCCUCAGCAUCGUGGCCACCUUUACCGCGCUCGGUGUUGUGCUGGCGGCGUGUGAAAACUGCAAGAACCAGGUUGGCCAGAUGGGACAGUUGCUGUACAAACGGCUGCAUGGUGAUGAGGCAGAUUUGCUCGCGAAUAUGUUAGAAAACUUUUCGCUCCUGCUUCAACACACUCCAAUGUCCUUUUCACUUGGUGGUUUCUUUGAUAUGGAUUUUGUGCUGCUGAAGGAGAUCGCAGCCGCUAUCACAACGUACAUGGUAAUUUUCAUACAAUUCAUGCCCAAGGAGGAUAUGCCAACAGACGCAACGACUGCAAGAAACUCGACUCUUGCUAAUAGUACAGCUACUGUGAGGCUUGAAUGAAGAGUGAAAUCGAUGUAGUGACGUUGAAAGCUAUCUAGAAAUACACAGCAUUAGCAACUUAACUGUUUGGAAGAGCUACUUCAUGUUCACCUACCUGCAUUAAAGUGCCAUAGUCCAAUCGGUACAUACUUAAUGCCGUCAUCGCAAACGGCUGAGUAGAUUCUAGCUUUAGCAAAAAGUGUUGUACCAUCUGCCAGCCCCGAUCGCACCGUAACUGCCACCGAAGGUGAAUGCAGUGUAGUAGCACCCGCGUACGAUGAAACUCCGACAAGAUGCGCUCGUUGGAGUGGA